AUUGUCGACGCCUUCAGGGGACGGUUGGCGGGACCGUCACCUGAACCGAUAGCUAAUCGCGCCCGGCUCGGAGGCAGCGGCGGCGGCGGCCGGCGGCGCAGCGCCAUGCGUGGCCGUGGCGGCGGAGAUAGCUAGUUGCCGACGCAUGUGCUCCUGGAAAUGGAAUGCUGGGCGCUGCGGCGGACUGGUUCAGUAGUUCGUGGGGGCGGAUGCAGCUUAGGUUGUUUCCUUCCCCAGCGCCUCGGGGAGGGAAAAUGGUAGGGAGCAUGGAUUCAUGUUGCUGCUUCGCGAAGUGCAGGAAGCGGAGACGAUGACUGAAGAAGAAGGCUGGAACCCGCGUCCGGAAUCCGAAACGCGACACAACCUCAGCACGGCAGCGCAGUCGCCGGUGAGCCGUUGGGAGCGCGGAUGCCAAGUUCUGCCACUGCAUGCGAGGUGUAUGGUGGAAUGCUCGUGAGGGUUGAGGCUGGAGACAAACCUCCGCUGUGUUUUUGUCACUUGCCCUAUUGCGUGGUCAUUAGCCAUUCACCAGUUAUGCGUGGUUCCUCCUAAAUCUACUCCUAUUUGCCCUGCAAAUUUUGCUCUUUCUUUUCAACCCUCUGGCUCGCAGACCUCUUCUCAAGAGGCUCUAUUGGAUGGAUGGUGCAAGAAAUUUGAAGGUAAAGAGGAAACGACUUUUUAAUCGUAAGAGAUACAAGACUUUUAAAAGGGUGUCAAAGCAUUCAUAAAGAAGUAAAGAACACAACUGUGGAAGAGUUGGAAAUGAGAAACAGCAGCAGGAAGGCAUAUCAGGGGAAACGAUAAGGAAAAGGGCGAGCAGAAGGAAAAGCGUCACAUUAUUACAGUUUAAUCAGGAAAUGGGGCUGUCAAUCUCAUACCAACCUGAUGACUACCUUCCUGAGGAUGAUGACGAUGAUAUGGACAGGCUCUUUGUGCGGUCUCUAAGCUUUGAUAAUCUUAGCACACUUGAUACCCUUGAGUCACCACCGGCAUUGCUCGAUGCCCUGACUUCCAAGAGGCUCAUCAUACGAGGCUCUUUAGGCUUUGAAACAAGGGACAGUGAUCUGUUUCAAGCUGAAACUACGCUAUCAAUGGUGAGCCCUAAACCUGCAAAGAAGAGAGGCAACUACAAGCCUAUCAACCUGCGAAGACAUGGAUCCUUGGAUAAUUUGUCACCAAAUUCUCCAGUGAUUGCGAUGGUCAGCCUGAAACACCAAGCUGCAGCAAUAAGGGUGCAGAAGGUGUACAGGAGCUUCAGGACAAGACGGCAGCUUGCUGAUUGUGCUGUUCUUGUUGAACAACGCUGGUGGAAACUACUUGAUUUCGCACUGCUCAAGCGCAGUUCAGUGUCAUUCUAUGAGGUACAGAAGCCGGAGACGGCCCUCUCAAGGUGGUCUCGUGCCAGAACGAGAGCUGCCAAGGUGGGGAAAGGUCUUUCCAAGGAUGAAAAGGCUCAGAAGCUUGCACUGCAACAUUGGCUUGAAGCAAUUGACCCUCGACAUCGGUAUGGUCACAAUCUGCACUAUUAUUACCAACAUUGGCUACACUGUGAGAGCAAACAGCCAUUCUUUUACUGGUUGGAUAUAGGUGAAGGAAAGGAGGUUGAUAUGGAGGACCAGUGCCCAAGAUCGAAGCUGCAGCAGCAAUGCAUCAGGUAUCUUGGUCCCAAAGAAAGGGAAAUCUAUGAGGUCGUGGUUGAGGAUGGAAAGAUGAUGUACAAGCUGAGUCGCAAAAUCGUCGACACGUUUGAGGGCCCCAGGGGUGCAAAAUGGAUCUUCGUGCUGAGCACAACGAGAAUUCUAUACAUCGGCACUAAGAGAAAGGGCACAUUUCAGCACUCGAGCUUCCUAGCUGGUGGAGCCACAUCUGCUGCGGGCAGACUGGUUGUAGAGAACGGAAUUCUAAGGGCUGUCUGGCCACAUAGUGGUCACUACCGGCCCACGGAGGCAAACUUCCGGGAGUUCAUGGACUAUCUGAAGAAGAGGAACGUGGAUCUUACAAAUGUUAAGCUGAGCCCAUCCGAAGGCGAGGAGGACGAGGGGCACAGGCACAGGGGUGGCCUCUCCCAGCUCAACCUCACCAAGAGCAGCGAUCCCGCGAGGCAAGAAGACUCCAAGCCCCAAACCCCUGGCGCCGAUCAAGACAAGGCCACAGCCAACGCCACGCCGGCCACGCCACCCUCCACGAACGGCGAUACAGCAACCACCGCAGCAGCAGGAGGAGGCACCCCAGUGAUGAAGAGGUCCUCGUCAGGCAACCGGCUGCAGCGCAAGCGCCCGCCGCGGCUGACGGUGAGCAAGAACCAGCUGGGCAAGGGCACCGCCGAGCAAGGCGCGGGAGCGUUCGGGGACUGCCUGGACUUCUGCAAGGAGAACCUGUUCCGGGGCGGCGAGGGAGGCGAGGAGGUGGUGGUGGUGCCGCAGGAGAAGAUCCUGCACCGCAUCAACUCCAAGAUGACCCUGCACUCGUACCAGCUCGGGAACCAGCUGUCGUUCCGGUGGACCACCGGCGCCGGGCCGAGGAUCGGGUGCGUCCGGGACUACCCGCCGGAGCUGCAGUUCCGGUCGCUGGAGCAGGUCAGCCUGUCGCCACGGGCCGGCGCCGGCGCUGGGCCGGCCAGGUUGGGGACUUCGCCCCGGCAGAGCCCGUGCGCGCCGCUGGUGUCGCCCACGCCCGGCGGCCUCGUCCCGCCGAUGUACGGCGCGGCGGGGACAGCUACGUCGCGGCUGCAGCACGGUGCAGCCUAGUGGCGCGCCAUUGCCAUAGCAUGGAUCAUAUCAGGAGCUUCUAACUACUAGCACAGCAGUGUGCUACAACUCCACAACAUACCUAUUCUUUGCACACCGGUGGUGGGUGGAUCAUAAUUUCUUUUGUGCAAGACACUGCUUUUUCCCCUUCGUAUCUCCUCCAAUGAUGCGCGGAAUCCUCAGUUGGGAAUCCCGAGUUCUCAUUUUCUUCUGCA